UAUCCUCCAUCCUCUAGGCCAUGGAACUUCACUUCCAAAACCACCAAAAAGAAGGCGGCGUUCGAGGGGCGGCCGCCAACAAGAGAAGGAAGUUUGUAGGGGUGAGACAAAGGCCCUCUGGGAAAUGGGUGGCAGAGAUCAAGAACACAAGUCAGAAGAUCAGAAUGUGGCUGGGGACUUUUGACACAGCAGAAGAAGCUGCCAUGGCCUAUGAUGAAGCCGCCUGUCUUCUCCGAGGCUCGAAUACUCGAACCAAUUUCAUCAACCAUGCCCCUCCCAAUCCUGCUCUCUCACUCAAAAUCAGAAACCUUUUAAGCCAGAAGAGGAAAAACCUCAAAAAACCCCCCAUUAUUUCCCCUUCCAAAACCUCUCCCCCUAGUGAUAGUACUAAGAGCUCUGUUAGUGUUACUGCCCCGGAUUUUCCGGUUCUUGAGAAUGCAUAUAAGCCUGGUUUUAGCUUCUCUGAAGGGGGAUUAGGGCAUGAUCAUCACAUGGUUUUUUCACCUCAUAUUGAUCAUUCUCUUAUGGUGGAUUUUGAUAGGUUUCUUUUGGACCAAUCAGAUGGAUUUGAGCAGGUUCUUAAAGGGAAUAAUCAUGAUGCGCAAAUUUCAGAGUUUGAGCACAUGAAAGUGGAGAGGCAAAUCUCAGCAUCACUGUAUGCCAUGAAUGGAGUUAAUGAGUAUUGGGAGAAUGUGCAUGAAUAUGAUUUUAGUGAUCAUGCUUUCUUGGAUCUGCCCAUGAUAUGCCAAAUGUUCUGCUCAACUUAGAUUUUAGUAGUUGUAGUGGUAGUGAAGUAGGGAGGGAUAUUGAGUUGAUCCAAAAUCAAGAAUUUUUAGCCAUUAGAUUUGAAGCUCUCUGUGAAGUCUACUUGGAGCAUCAUGGAGGUGUGAUCUUGAAAAUGAAUUGAAUUGAAGUUUCUUCUCUUUGACAAAUUUGCAUCAAUUUCAGUUCUUUGAGUUUUCUAAUUAUGUUGGAAUACGACUUUUGAUGUCAA